AAACUUCAUUUAUUAAUGUUAUAUUACGCGUCUUACCUGAAGUCACCUGUAACGUAAAGAAUUAAAUGGAACAACAGUGCCAGGCGCUACCCUGCGUCAACUCAACAAGGUCUGGUCACUGACCAAGGUGAUCCAUACUCCACAAACAUGAAUUUUGAGGAUCUCAUCCAUGAUCUGGGUGGAUUCGGCAAGUUUCAGAUGAUCAUCGUGUUUUGUAUCCACUACAAUAGAAUCUUCAUGGGCUGGAGCAUGCUCCAGGUUGGCAAUGUUAGCUAGGAUAGGUUGGUAUAGUUAUUGAGUCAGGUUGGCAAUGUUAGCUAGGAUAGGUUGGUAUAGUUAUUGAGUCAGGUUGGCAAUGUUAGCUAGGAUAGGUUGGUAUAGUUAUUGUGUCAGGUUGGCAAUGUUAGCUAGGAUAGGUUGGUAUAGUUAUUGUGUCAGGUUGGCAAUGUUAACUAGGAUAGGUUGGUAUAGUUAUUGUGUCAGGUUGGCAAUGUUAGCUAGGAUAGGUUGGUAUAGUUAUUGUGUCAGGUUGGCAAUGUUAACUAGGAUAGGUUGGUAUAGUUAUUGAGUCAGGUUGGCAAUGUUAGCUAGGAUAGGUUGGUAUAGUUAUUGUGUCAGGUUGGCAAUGUUAGCUAGGAUAGGUUGGUAUCGUUAUUGUGUCAGGUUGGCAAUGUUAGCUAGGAUAGGUUGGUAUAGUUAUUGUGUCAGGUUGGCAAUGUUUGCUAGGAUAGGUUGGUAUAGCUGUUGUGUCAGAUCGGCAAUGUUAGCUAGGAUAGUUUGGUAUCGUUAUUGUGUCAGGUUGGCAAUGUUAGCUAGGAUAGGUUGGUAUAGUUAUUGUGUCAGGUUGGCAAUGUUAGCUAGGAUAGGUUGGUAUAGCUGUUGUGUCAGAUCGGCAAUGUUAGCUAGGAUAGGUUGGUAUAGCUGUUGUGUCAGGUCGGCAAUGUUAGCUAGGAUAAGUUGGUAUAGUUAUUGAGUCAGGUUGGCAAUGUUAGCUAGGAAAGGUUGGUAUAGCUAUUGUGUCAGGUCGGCAAUGUUAGCUAGAAUAGGUUAAUAUAGUUAUUGAGUCAGGUUGGCAAUGUUAGCUAGGAUAGGUUGGAAUAGCUAUUGAGUCAGGUCGGCAAUGUUAGCUAGGAUAGGUUGGUAUAGUUAUUGAUUCAGGUUGGCAAUGUUAGCUAGGAUAGGUUGGUAUAGUUAUUGAGUGAGGUUGGCAAUGCUAGCUAGGAUAGGUUGGUAUAGCUAUUGAGUUGGGUUGGUAAAUAGUAAGCAAUGUAGUUAAGUAUGCUUUGUGCAGAGUUGUCCAAUCAAUAUAAGAAAAUUUGCGGACUAAAAUUUUUAAAUUACUACGCACACACACGACUUUAUUAAGGACAUAUUUCAACAUGCGACCCAGCGCUACACUAGGGUUUGGUCAAGUGCUGCACACACAUGACUUUAUUAAGGACAUAUUUCAACAUGCGACCCAGCGCUACACUAGGGUUUGGUCAAGUGCUGCACACACACGACUUUAUUAAGGACAUAUUUCAACAUGCAACCCAGCGCUACACUAGGGUUUGGUCAAGUGCUGCACACACACGACUUUAUUAAGGACAUAUUUCAACAUGCAACCCAGCGCUACACUAGGGUUUGGUCAAGUGCUGGAAACAAACGGUGAUUCAAAACUCGUACAGACGAGACACCCGCUAGGAGCGGUUAGGAUAGCCACAUCAUUUCCCAAACCGUUGCACCUAUGCCAGAUCAUGGAUGUGCCAACGUACCCUAUAAUCAGAAUCAGAAUCAUUCUUAAAGGGAUGUAGAAAUAGACUUAUACUGUCUGAGUAUCCGCUCUCGUCUCAUCUCUAGUACAGUCGAGAUUUUAUAAAUUUUGCUGGUAAAUUCUUUUUUUCAACUGUCUAACAAUUUAUGUUAAAAAAUAAAGUUUUCCAUGGACUAAAUUAAUUAUAAGAAACAGCUAAUCCAGGCUGAAACUCUAAACAUGUGUUUACACUGAAUCAGAGGCGUAGCUAGAUUGUUUGGCGCCCGGGGACAAGAUUCAUUUAAAGAGCCUCCCUUUCUUUUUUCAACUAUCAAACCCCUUAUUUUCCACAAUUAAAUCAAAGCACAUUUUGGCGCCGCUAACUAAUCUGGCGCAUCUAACUAAUCUGGCGCCCAGGAACAACUGCCCCCCCUGCCUACCCCCUUAGCUACGCCUCUACAUUUUAGUCAUGUCAUUAACAUUUUAAAGCCAGUUGUAAUAGUCAACAUCUUUCAACACUUAAAAAGUUUUUCGAAUCCCCAUUAUUUGGGAUGCCCAAGUUAAGUUAUAAAUCGUAACUCGGUAAACUCAGUUGUACGACAAGGGAAUGUCAAGACAUUUCAUUCUGUAUGUGGACCACGAAUGUCAAGACAUUUCAUUCUGUAUGUGGACCACGAAUAUCAAGACAUUUCAUUCUGUAUGUGGACCACGAAUGUCAAGACAUUUCAUUCUGUAUGUGGACCACGAAUGUCAAGACAUUUCAUUCCGUAUGUGAACCACGAAUGUCAAGACACUUCAUUCUUUAUGUGGACCACGAAUGUCAAGACAUUUAUUCUUUAUGUGGACCACGAAUGUCAAGACAUUUAUUCUUUAUGUGGACCACGAAUGUCAAGACAUUUAUUCUUUAUGUGGACCACGAAUGUCAAGACAUUUAUUCUUUAUGUGGACCACGAAUGUCAAGACAUUUAUUCUUUAUGUGGACCACGAAUGUCAAGACAUUUAUUCUUUAUGUGGACCACGAAUGUCAAGACAUUUAUUCUUUAUGUGGACCACGAAUGUCAAGACAUUUAUUCUUUAUGUGGACCACGAAUGUCAAGACAUUUAUUCUUUAUGUGGACCACGAAUGUCAAGACAUUUCAUUCUGUUAAUGGACCACCAAUUAUUUAUAUAGGAAAAUUUAGGAUAAGUCAAUAACCGGCAUGUAAUCGGCAUAGUUACGGACCCCUGGGUAACAUGUAAUGGUCAAGAUGUAAUGGUGAACGUUUAAUGGUUGACACGUGGAACAUGUUUCAGAUGUCCUACGCUGGCCGCGUCCACGACUGGUUCUGUUUGUCAUGGAAUGACACUCAGCCCCGGAAUGACACCCUGAACGCAUGCGCAGUGAGGACAGAUCUAAGAUCGGGCUUGAACAGCACCGGGGUGUUUCUAAAUAGCAGCGUACAUGACGUCACGGCUUGCCACCAUUACGUGUUUCCGGGAACUGCUUCAACAAUCAUUGAUGAGGUAGAUACAUAAUUCAUUUCUAAUUCACCAUUGUUCUCAGUAGUUAAUGUUUAAAAACUUCAAUUUGCACGUAGUUAACCAUUUUGGAGAAGUAUAAAAUUUUUCUGAAAUGAAGUGUAACCUCUCAUUGUUGUUUGACAGAAAUUUCUUGAGUUGGCUUACCUUUAAUCAUAUUUUAUUUAAUGCCGUGGCAGUUUAACUCAAAGAAUCUUAACUGAAAGGUCUUUGGUCUACCCCAGGCCUGCAGAACGUAAGGCUCGCGGACCGCAUGCGGCCCGCCAGAACCCCCUUUGUGGCCCGAGAAUUAACGAAUAUUCUUUAUUCUUAGUAUUUCCGUAAUAGCUUUUCCCCAUGUCCUAUUUUCUUUUGUCCCGUCCCAUUUUCUCUUGGCCCUUAUAGGUCUUUCAUAAGGUAUUACGGCCGGCCUUACAUUUUGAGUUGUGCAGGCCUGGUCUAGUCCAUGAACGGUACGUCACAAUGUUAAGAUAGUUCAUGGAUAAUUCAUAGUUGAUCGUUAACUAUAUUAAUGAACAUGUAUGAACUUAAAUGACUUCACGUCACAGUGGGACUUAGUGUGUGAUAAGAAAUGGGUCAAGGCCACCGUGACGUCCAUUCAGAUGGCUGGGGUGCUGCUAGGCUCUCUCUUGUCUGGACAUCUGGGCGACCAUUUCGGCCGCAAGACGACCAUGUACAUCUUCCUCUUGAUGCAUGCUGCGUUCAACGUCAUCACUGCCUUCUCCGUCAGCUGGGAGAUGUUUGCUGUCUGUCGAUUCUGUAUAGGGUUUGGCUUAGGUAAUUGCUACUAACGUUAUUCCUAUAGUUUACGCUGAACGUCUAUUGUUUCUCUAUAGGUUUGGAUUUGGUGGUUUUACUUGCCACAAACGUUACUCCUUUAGUUUAUGCUGGACGUUCUCAUACCAAAGGUAACGUUACAUAUUUACAUAUUUCCUACUCCGAUGAAUCCAGAGAAUCCAAAGAACACUCAAACAAACUCGCGCAACGAAGAGGAAAAAGGAGACAAAAAAAGUCAAAUAUGUUUUUACAAAAGGAUGUCACACGAUACAAAAAAAGGGUCAUGAUGACCCGUACUUAGAACCAAUGAUUGAUACUUUUCAGAUACUUCUUUAAUGUGAAAUGACCUUUUCAUAAGUCGCUCUAAACCAGCGGUUCUCAACCUAUGGUCGCGACCUCUUUGGGGGUCGCACGACCCUUUCCCAAGGGUCGCCUAAGACCAUCUGAAGCACAUAUGCUCUACAGUUAUGAAGUAGCAACGAAAAUAAUUUUGUGCCUAGGGGUCGCCACAACAUGAGAAACUGUAUUACGGGGUCGCGGCAUUAGGAAGGUUGAGAGCCACUGCUCUAAUCAGACCAUUCAAUGUAAGAACCACAGUCAUAUUUCCUACAUAGUAAUAUUUCCUCUGUGGGGGUCGCACGACCCUUUCCCAAGGGUCGCCUAAGACCAUCUGAAGCACAUAUGCUCUACAGUUAUGAAGUAGCAACGAAAAUAAUUUUGUGCCUAGGGGUCGCCACAACAUGAGAAACUGUAUUACGGGGUCGCGGCAUUAGGAAGGUUGAGAGCCACUGCUCUAAUCAGACCAUUCAAUGUAAGAACCACAGUCAUAUUUCCUACAUAGUAAUAUUUCCUACAUAUUCAUACUUCCUACACAGUUAUAUUUCCUACACAGUCAUAUUUCCUACAUAGUCAUACUUCCUUUCUGAUCUCCAAGGUGCUGCUCUUGUUGUGUUUUUCCCUUAUGGACUGGAGUUUCUUCCUAUAACGUGGCGACCCCUGGUUUCUGUGCUUCCCUUUUGGCAGGUAGGGGUCAGUUUGUUUGCCCUCCUGAGUUACUUGAUGGAGGACUGGUCACACCUACACCUGACAUGUGGACUGCUGGCCCUGCCUGGUCUCCUAGGAUACUUGUAAGUUGUUCACUCAGUAACAAAAACAGUGGUGAAGGCGGUUGUAGGGUUAAAGGCAUCUCAGAUUUGUGCCGUAUAAUGGGCAAGUUGGAAGAAUGCUGUUUCAUAUUAUACCAGGAGUCUAAUUUAAAUGUCCUAUAGGCUGUUUAUUUCAACUCAUAUUUUUCAACAGUAACUACAAAAACAAAACAACAACAUAACAUUAUGGAAUGUUCCCAGCUGUCUGUAGAGGCAGUGUUUCUUUCAGACAUUUUCCUCGAGGGGGCGGUAUUUUGGAUUUUCGGGGGAGGGGGCAGUGCCAGUGACCAGAGGAGUAACUAUGGGGAGGCAGGGGGGAAAGAUGUCCCCGCGCACCAGACUUGCGGGAGUUGGCACCAUUUAGUUGAGGAAAAUAUUGGGUUUCAGAUACCAAGUGUUUUGUUUUUGUUUUUUGGUGGGUGGGGGGAGGGUAAAAUGAAUCUUGUCCCCUGGUGUUAAACACUCUGGCUACACCUCUUUCGGGGGCGUAGAAAGGGGUGCGAUUGGGGGUUGUCCAGCCAGGUGUAAUUUUUUUUAGUUUAUAUGGAGGUGUGUCAUUCUUGGACAACUCCAGAGUUUUUAUUCGUGAAAGGGGGGCGAAAGUAAUCUUGGCCCGCCGAUGGCGACACUAAUACUUGCUGCGGGAGGCAUUAUUUCGCCCAGUACUUUACAUAAACUGAUUUCAUUCUGGUUGUGGCGAGGCCCCAUGGUCAUCAUUAGGUACAAGCCUAGAUUCAACACCCACCCCCCUUUACUGUCGUUAUGAUUGGCGCGAGGGAACGGGGGAGCAAACAUUAAGGGUGCCGAAAACGCUCACACAAAAGUGGGGAAAAGGGUCCCCAUAGAAAAUAUUUAAUUAAUGCAAAAUGCAGGGAUGCAUUUUGGUGCACACUUGAAGUUGGUGUUUCUUUCAGACAGUUUGGAAGGGGUCAUUUCAAACGUCUGGUGGGAAGCGCCAGAAUGAGCCACGAUAAAGACCCCAUCCCAACAUGAACUAAACUAAUUCCAGCUGAUGCCCCUUGAGGGUAGACUUUUUGCCCUAGCUUAGUGUGGCCCCUUAAAUCUUUAUGUCCCCAGAUUUAAAAAAAAAAUAAAUUUAAACAGCAAGAAUGGAUUCUAGCACAUAUAUAACUUUAGUUUUGCAUCAUACACUUAAUUGGAGAGCAACGGGAAAGAUGCUAGUAAAAAAAUGUAUGGUUUCACUUGACAUCAGAGCCGUCGUCUGAGCCCCCGCAACACCCGCGGAUGUAGGAAGCCUCGGAUAUUUAAGGGGAUUAAAGUUGUGCUGGGGACACUUUUUAAAUGAUCAAAUUUGAUCGAAAGUUGGUGGAAGGACGAAACCGGAGAGUGGCAGGGGCUCUAGGGGAGUCUCGCGACGGCUCUGCUUGACCUAGUUAUGCAAUACAAAUAUUUUUUUUGGUUUAAAUUACUAAAUAACAUUGAGGUUUUAUAUUUUAUUAAAACUAUUUUUUGGAAUAAACUACUUAAUAACUAAAUGAUUUUUUUAGCGUCCAAAAAAAGAUUUCCAUCACAUAAAAAGUAUCGCCAACAUUAAUUUAAAUGUUGAACGCGAUGGAAAAAAUCUUUAUAAUAGAUACAUUUUCCAAAUAUUUCCGAGUUUUACAUGAGUAAAAAAAAAUGUUUUCUAGAAAGGUCUAGACAGUUUAAGGAUUUUCAAAACUGGUUAUUUUUAUAAAUCGUAUAAGAAAUGCAUAAUUACGUUAAGAAGACAUUAGUUGUUUACAAAAGCAAAACAUCAUAUACUUAUUAAUGUGUGAAUGUAUCCGUGGGAAAUGGUUCAAACAUUUUUUGAGACCCACACCCAUGACAGAAAUGCACAAAAUAUGUUGGAUUGUUGGGGACUAAUUUAAUUGCUGAGAGUAUAUCUUUAAUUAAACAGCCCUUAAAAUCAAAGUUUUUCGUAUAAAUUCAUUAUAUGCAUUUUUGUUUGCAUUUAUGUCAUUGAACGUGAUUCAUCAUACAUGUGAUUAUGUCAUUGAACGUGAUUUAUCAUACAUGUGAUUAUGUCAUUGAACGUGAUUUAUCAUACAUGUGAUUAUGUCAUUGAAGGUGAUUUAUCAUACAUGUGAUUAUGUCAUUGAAGGUGAUUUAUCAUACAUGUGAUUAUGUCAUUGAAGGUGAUUUAUCAUACAUGUGAUUAUGUCAUUGAAGGUGAUUUAUCAUACAUGUGAUUAUGUCAUUGAAGGUGAUUUAUCAUACAUGUGAUUAUGUCUUUGAACGUGAUUUAUCAUACAUGUGAUUAUGUCAUUGAAGGUGAUUUAUCAUACAUGUGAUUAUGUCAUUGAAGGUGAUUUAUCAUACAUGUGAUUAUGUCAUUGAAGGUGAUUUAUCAUACAUGUGAUUAUGUCAUUGAAGGUGAUUUAUCAUACAUGUGAUUAUGUCAUUGAAGGUGAUUUAUCAUACAUGUGAUUAUGUCAUUGAAGGUGAUUUAUCAUACAUGUGAUUAUGUCUUUGAACGUGAUUUAUCAUACAUGUGAUUAUGUCUUUGAACGUGAUUUAUCAUACAUGUGAUUAUGUCAUUGAAGGUGAUUUAUCAUACAUGUGAUUAUGUCAUUGAAGGUGAUUUAUCAUACAUGUGAUUAUGUAAUUGAACGUGAUUUAUCAUACAUGUGAUUAUGUCUUUGAACGUGAUUUAUCAUCCAUGUGAUCUUUGUUAGGGGAAUAGUUUUUUUAUCAAAGUUAGUAUAUUUAAAACCUAAAAGACUAAAAAUAUAUUUAAAACCUUAUGCACCACAAAUACAAAGUACAUAGCAACAACUACCCAAUUAAUCUCCACACCAAAAAUACGCACAAAUGUUUCAAUUAUCUUACCCUUGAAAGACAGGAAAAACUGAUUUUUGGGGGUUGGGGCAGAAAAUUUGAUAGAAAGUGUUGUCAUCGGCAACGAGUCUAUUUGCCAAGUUUCACCUCGAUAGGAUGACGGGAAGUGGGUCAGUUAGCCUUCCGAAGAUUUUGCCGCCACAAAGAAACAAACAAAAGCGAAGUUAAUAUGAAUCAUUAAAAAAAAAAAAAGCAUUUUUUUCAAUCAAUUAUGCUUAUAUUCACUCCGUUUUUUCUAUAGAUGUCCAUUCAUACCAUUGUUCAUUCUCAAAUCUAUAAGUUAGUUAAUGCUCACAUCCACCUGUAGAUCCACGCAAGUUCUUUUGUACUUAUGUACAGUUCAGAUUUUAUUGUUUUGUUAGCUUCCUACCAGAAAGUAUGCGAUGGCUUACAGUCAAGAAUCGAUUAGAUGAGGCUCAGAAGGCAGUUGAGAUGAUUGCUGCCAUCAACAAGAAACCGUUUCCUGAAAAGACCCGCCAUAUUUUACAGGUAGGCUGCAUUUACUUGAAUUUCCCAGAGGAGAAUCCUGCGGAGAGGAACUAAGGCAUGUGUCAGUGGGUGAGACACUGGAGCAUUGAUUGCCCGAGGCCGUUUCAAGAGCUCAAACCGUAUUGCUCUAAGUGGGUUAGAAACUGUGUGCUCAAUAAAUGUAUAGGCUCGUGUAUUACUGCAGUGGUAGAACUUGGGUUCAACUCUUAAUAUUAUUACAGGACUUGACCGCGCGAGAAAGCUAGUCAGUGGCGUAGGAAGAUGGGGGGCGGCAUCUUUUUUUUUUCAUACGUCAUUUUCGGUCAAAUGUAGAAUUUUUGUCGUGGAAGGGUGCGGCAAAAUUCCUUGGCGGCACAAACCCUAGGGUCGCCACUGAAGAUAAUAAUCAUUAUCAUGUCAUUUAAUGUGGAAUUUUUAGUCAUCUUUUUCUUUCAAAUAACUGUAGCUUAGUUUAUAAAAAAAACAAAAAACGAUUUGACUUAUGUUUCAAUGAAAAUAAGAUUGCUGCUACUUUGUUCCCCACAGACCGUUGUGGAAGAAGAGCAGAGAACUCGUGUUAGUGGCAAGCAAUAUACAUACAUUGACAUCUUCAGGGGAUGGCAGACGGCAAAACUAACCAUGAUAUUUUGUUUCCACUGGCAAGUUGGUUGAUGAAUAAAUUGUGUCUCUUUCUUCGUGUUCAAUCUUAAAUCUAAUCGACAACUUCCAUAACCUUGUUAAUUAGCUUAUUUCCCGCAGAGCGCUUAACACACGCAUUGUUAUAUCAAUUUUUAUAGUUUACUCUUUUAAAAGAUCAUUUUUCAAUUAUUUUUUUUUUGUGUGGGGAAAAGUUGAAAUAUGUCAUUAGUAAACUUGAUAUUGUUGACCACAGGUUCUCGUUGUCCCUUGUGUACUACGGGAUCUCAUUUGGCGUGUCCAGUCUUGCGGGGAAUCUCUCCUUCAACAUUUUUCUUGUGGGCGUCAUCGAAAUUCCGGCCAAAGUAUCAACUUUCUACUUCAAUAACAAGUACGUCUCAACAUUCACAACGAACACAUUUUAAACGUGUAUAGCAGUGCCACGCCCUCACGGUCAACUCUAACAAUUCUUCUUCUUCUAUAUCUUAAGGGCCCACGAUCAAUUUAUUGAUCAUUUUGGCUCCUAUGCAUGUAGAUGGGAUUUGCAAUGUUUCUGUUACUGGUGUUGGUGAGGAAAUCAUGCACUAGGGGUUUGAAGGCUUCUGUAUAAGCUGUCCUCCCAGUAUACAAAAGCAGGAUGAAUAGGUUGAUUUUUUUGGACCAAUCAGUAGUACUGCCCUAAAAUAAAUGUUAAAAAAAAAAAAAUUAAAAAUUAAAACCUGUGAAUUUGCCUUGUGAAGCUAUUUUGACAGCACCUUUACUGUGAUGUUAUCCCAGGGCUGUAUGUCAUCAUGUGUUAGUAACCUAAACCUAGAGGCAGGGGUCAUAGCCAUUUCUUUGGACACAGCAGACCCAUUUGUUUGGACGCAACAGCCCCCAGAUUAAUAUUUUACAAUUUAUUACAUCAAUUUUUUUUUAAAAACUUAACAUUGAACAGUGGCGUAGCCUGAAUUUUUGUGUGGGUCACCGUACAAAAAAAAAACAACAACAAAAAACAACAACAAACAACUGGAGUUGACUGAAAGUAUAAAGGAAAAAGGUGCAGCCUGGGGCGAACAGCCCUCUCCGCCAACACUGGGCUGGUGGUAAAAAAAUAUUUUUUCCUUUAUUCGUUAAAGUGCGCACAUUUUUAUUGUAUUUCUAGUUUACUGUACAUUAAAAUGUCAAAUUGUGUGUUCCGAAAUAGUGAUAGGUUACUGCGUGCAUUAAUGGGCAAGCCGGCACCCUUACCAGCUAUUGGCUACUCUUCCCCAGAUUUGGUCGCAAGAGGACAUCAAUAGCAUUCCUGUCGAUGGCUUGUGUUUCUGCCUUCUCGAGCCUUCUUGUCAUCAUCUUUGGUAAUACACCAGGCAACAUAGAGAAUAUGCAGUAGAUAUAGUAAUGAAUGUAGUCCAAAAGGCAUCCUAAUGUGUAUACUUUCUCUUUAGUUUGUAUCACGAGUUGAUCGUGUCACGUCUGUCUUAUCACCCUCACAGUGUCUGACGCAAGAAAAGGACACAUCGUCACUGGUCUUUGUCUUCUUGCCAAAAUGGGAACAAAUGCGGGCUGGACAGCGGUCGAGACAUGGGGGACAGAGCUCUCCCCGACAGUGACCAGGUCAAACUCGUUCAUCGCAUAUUAGUUCUGGUGCACCACUAUUUUUGUAUAGUGGUAGACAUCAGAGUAGUUAUAUACAAGCGAUUUUAAAUUAAACCCGAGAUUAGUUAGAAUGACAUCUAUAAAUAGAGUAAACAUUGAACACACCAUUAGACCUUGAUAUUAAUUAGCGUGCUUUAAAUAUUAAUUUAUGUACGGUUAUCUAUAUUUGUAAUGAGUUAUGCGAGUCAGUUAUGUUCAAUCAUCUCAAGAUAAACAAUAUGUCCACAGAAGUCUUAGCUAUGGGGCCGUGUCGACGGCAGCACGCUUAGGUGGCAUUAUCGCCCCUUUCGCUAUCAAUUUGGUAGGUAUCUAACUGGCGGGCUCUAUGCACAACAUUGAAUGUUACAAGAGUAUAGACCUGCAUUAUAAUUGCAUGCUUUCUAUAAAUAAAUAGUGGAGAAAGAUAUGUUUCGGCUUGGAAAAAAAAUCAUAGUAAAUCAUUGUACGUUUCCUCGUGAAAUAUCAACAACACGGCAUAUGAAUCAAUUUGAAAUUAGAUUUCUCCAAUGUUUUUCAAUUUCAUUUUUAAUUAAAAUGUGGAGAAAACAAUAUGUCUUCGGGCUGAUAUAAGAUAUAAAACAAUAUGUCAUCGGGCUGAUAUAUAUUAUUCUCAUCUUCAUUGAGUCACUGCAUAACAACUGCAAUCUAGUGACCCCCUAAAAAAAAAAGAUAAGUGUUUUAAAAAGACGACUGUUUAAAAUGGCUGUUCCAAGUUUGUCUUUAUUUAUCAUCUAGGAGGUUUGUGGUGAUGGGGUAUUAAAAUAGUUCAACAAUUGAUGACAUUAACGUAACACAAUUUAUCUUUUUCCAGGAUGAUCGACUUAUUUUAUCCUAUGCUAUCAUUGGUGGUCUGCUACUACUGGACAUUCUACUGGCGUUUUUUGUCCAGGAAAGUCGAGGGAUGGUGUUAUCUGAUAGCCUCACUGUCGUCACCAAACCCAACGGCGCUCAGCCAGAGCGUCCAGGGACCAACGGUGAUAACAAAAUAAUCGUUUCUUUUGAUGGACCCUUCACUGAAUUAAGUCAAACAUCAGGACCUUUCAUUGAAUUAAAUCAAACAUUAGGACCUUUCAUUAAAUUAAAUAAAAAAUCAGGACCUUUCAUUGAUUUAAAUCAAACAGGAGAUUGUCACAACUUCAAAGAAGUAAAGGAAGAAGAUACUGGCAAUUAUACAAAUGACAUCGACAAAUUUCGUUUCUAACAUUAUGUUUUCUAUUCUGGUAAUUUAAUGUCAAUUAUGAUAAAAGUUUGUGUCAGGAUGUGCAUAAAAUGUAAGGAUUUUUUAACUACAUUGUGGAGACAUAGAGAAUGAGGAUGUGCUAACAUUGUGGAGACAUAGAGAAUGAGGAUGUGCUAACAUUGUGGAGACAUAGAGAAUGAGGAUGUGCUAACAUUGUGGAGACAUAGAGAAUGAGGUUGUGCAAACAAUAAUGAGGCAUAUUAUUUUAAUGUAUGACACAUCAACAACAAAAACAAUCUAAGUAAACAAAACAGAUUGCCUGGUUUAGGGAGUAUCACUGAGAAAAUCAUUUAACACUUGACACAUUUUGGUGGUGAAUUUUAUUGAUAGAUAAUAAGUAGGGCAGCCAUUUACAAAUAGUUGUAGAGUCAUCAGAUAAAAGAGAAAAUUUAGUAUUUAGAAUUUGUAUAAACAACUCAAAGAUUUUUUUAAAUUAAAAAUGACACUACAAGAUGGAAUGAGUAAAAAUUUGAUGAGAAAAAGUUCCAAUAUUUUGUCAGUUGAGUUUACAUCCUGUCAGGAUGAGCUGCCGAUUCAUUAAAAAUAGCAGAUUGAAGGUGUCACUCACUGUUGGCCCCAGUAUAUAGAAGGUGUCACUCACUGUUGGCCCCAAGCGUUUCAGUAUGCAUUUAUGACUAAUACUUACUAAUAGUAUGUUUAGAAAAACUUAACCAGUUCUUUGUGAAGUAACACACCGUCAAAGGCAGAGUUGAUGGUGGCCGCUACAUUAUGUUCAUUGGUUAAAAAGUUAUUAGGGAAAACUUGGGGCCACCUGUGAGUCGAAAUGAUGAAUGAAUGCAGCCCUGUGCACUGAUACAUGAGCAACAACAAAGAUGGUAGAUUAAGCAGAGAUGUCAAACUAAAGUUUAAGUGGGUCAGUUACAUAAUUAUUAAAUACAGUAUUUACAAUUAACUAGUUCGUUUUGCUUCACCAGUGGUUGAGUUAUGAACAAAACCAAGGUAGAACCCAUUUCAGAUCUGACUCCUCUUAUAAUGGAAUAUAUUCAAACAAAUCAUGAAAACUCAUUUUCAACACACAUCAGGGGUAAUUACAUGUUUUAAUUCACAAUUCAGCACCACAAUUUUUUUUUUAUGUGUGUAGAAAAAUUUGUCUCCUGUAAAUGGAAAUAAUAAAUAAAUUUUGCUAUG